UCUAGAAGAGUCAUAAGUCACAUGUACUCUACAUCUUACGAGUUUUUACAUAAACAAACAUAAAUUUUAUGUUUUUAAAUAUUUGAUAUUGAAAUUAUUUAAAGACCAAUAAAAUUAUAAUUAGUAUACGUGGUGCAUAUUUUUUAUGUAAUAUUUUGUUAAUUAUUUUAACAACUAUGGCAAAAGAUAAAUCACAGAAAAAUCUUCUCAUUGCUCAAGAAAUAAAAUUUGCUAGAGUUCUAUCUAGCAAUGACAAGAGAGCAAGGAUGAAAAUGUUGAAAAAACUCCGAAACUGGAUUAAUAUUCGCUCCAAAAGUUCUUUUGCAUUCACAGAAGCCGAUUUCAUGAGACUGUGGAAAGGUUUAUUCUACUGUAUGUGGCUGUCAGAUAAACCAUUGGUGCAAGAAGAAUUGGCAGAAUCAAUUAGUAAUUUAGUACAUUCGAUUGAAUCAAUGGAAAUGGCUUUGUUGUAUACAAAAUGUACUUUAAGAACACUUUCGAGUGAAUGGUUUGGAUUAGAUUGGUAUAGAAUGGAUAAAUUCGAAAUGUUAGCAAGAAGAAUUAUGAGACAAUCAUUUGUUAUGUGUAAAAAAUCAUCAUGGGAUGAAGAAUGGGUAAAAGGAGUUAGUAAAAUCAUUGAAGAUAUUCUCUUAGAUCCAAAAGGUUCAAUGGGAUUCAAAUUUCAUAUUACUGAAAUUUUCAUAGAAGAAUUAGCAAAAAUCAGUGAAGGUAAAAUAGCAAAUGAAAUUGUAACAGAAUUUCUCCGACCAUUUGCUGUUUAUUUAGCAACAAUGACUGAUGAUAGACAAAUUAGACACGUUAUGAAACAUAUCUUCAGGUAUUUGAUUUUUCAAUCAGAUGCGGGUUUAGAAUACGCCGAAAAAUUUGAAGCUUGGCGAAAGGCUGGUUUUCCAAAAGGGGAUAUUAGUGUGAUGGAAAAAAUACCAAUUGCUGAUGAAAACAGUGAAAAUGAAGAAAAAGAAAGUGACUAUGAAAGUGAUAGUAACAAUGAUGAUGGUGAUGAUAGUAUAGAUCAGUUUAGGCAAAAAGCUUUAGAUCCACGAGCUGGUAGAGUUGAUGUUGAAUUACCUCAGGUACCGUUUGAUGCAGAACAAAUAGCAAACUUAUUGAAAACUUAUAAAUUUCACGAAUCAUCAACUACAAAAAACCGUCGUCAAAUUAAGAAAUUAAUCGAUGAGUUUGACGAAUUAGCUAAAGGUAAUAUGCCUCUUGGUGUAAAAAAAGUCGAUGUAUUGACUGGUAAAAAAAAAGGAAUAGCCAAAACUGCAGCAUUGAAAUUAUUGAAUUUUGAGGAGAAACUAUAUAAUGAUUCUCAUAAACGUAUGAAAAGAAAAAAGAAAAAUAAACCAAUUGUAAAUAGUGAAAAUAGUGUUGAAAAUGACAUAAAUGAUAAUGAAGAUGACAUUGAACCAGAAGUUGGUCCACCUCUUAAGAAAAAAAAGAAGAAACAAAAACUUAUAGUGGAAAAUAAUUUUACUGUUGAAGAAAAUGAUACUGAAAAUGAAUUUCAUGAUGAAAAAAUCAUUAAACAAAAAAGAAAAAAAAAUAAAGCUAUAGAAGAAGUCGAAGAAGUUAAUGAUACCAAGAUCAUUAAAAAAUCAAAGUUAAAACAAAAACUCAUGAAGGAUGAGUCUCCGAAAGAAAAAAAAAUUAAAACAAAAAAACUUAAAAAUAAAAAAAAGAGUUUAAAAAAUUUAAUUUUCGAUGGAAUGGAAGACUUUGUUCAUUUCAAGCAAUCAGCUGAAAUUAAAAAGAAGAAAAAGAAAAAAGUUAAACAGGAUCUCGAAAAUAGUGGUAAUUUCUUAAAUACUGAGUGUUCAUCUACGUCAACCGUUGCCGCAAUACCAAUGACCAACGGAUCUAGUUCACCUGAGAAAAAAGUAAAAGCUAAAGAAACAUUAUCUGAAGUUAAUACGCCUAAGAUAAAAACAUCUCCUCAGAAAGUAUCUCACUCUCCUAAAUUGGAGAAACUGGAGAAUGGAGUAGUAUCGAAAACAAUCACCUCUCCAAAGAAAUUAAAUAUCGACUCAAGUAUAAAAAAGCGUGUCAAAAUAAUGUUGAACCGCAAUACCGCUCAACAUACAUCGGAAUAUAUUCAACAAAUCCGUUCGAGUCCAGCAAUUCCUUUUGAUGCUAACCGAAAACCUUUAAAUGGAGUCUUGAAGCCGAGCCCUAUUUCAAGUCCAAUUAAUCCUUUUUAUAAGAAAUAGCUAACUAUUGAAUUUAGUUAAAUUUCUAAAAAAAAUAUAAUUGUAAGUAAUUGUAAUUUUUAUGAUUCAUAAAGAUAAUUAAUUAAUUGUAAUAAUCAAUUUUAAAUAAAUACACUU